AUGCACUUCUCAAGUCUCGCCGCACUCGUCGCCAUCGCUGGCUUCACCUCCGCCGAGCCCAACGGCUGGUCCAAGACCAAAGAAGCAGACGACAGCCCCUCCAAGCUCGACAACUGCGGCUGCUGGCCUAUCUACCAGGCUAUGCUCAAGUGCCAGAAGCUUAAAUGGCCCAAGGAGGAAACACGUGACUGCGUGUGCAUUCCCAACCCGGAUGGAUGGUACGGCUCUAUGGAUGGCUGCCGUACAUGUCUGAGCUCCAACUCUGAGCAUGAAUUCUUCGAUAAUACUGCCAAGCUCGUCACUCAGCUAUUUGUCUCGUGCACCAAUGCUGGUGGCGGCGUUACCAGCGAUGGAAACAGUAUCUGCGCCAGUAACGCGUACCGCGAGGCCUGUGUAUCCCUGGGAACAAACGGAAAGCCUAGCUGGGCUAGUUUUGAGCAGGAGGGAGUCAGUGGGAAUGGGACUUAUGUGUUGGAUAUCAAGGAAUUCGGCGCAGAUGAUGAUGAGUCUACGUCUACGACAAGUGCAAAGACAACUACCAACACAACCGCCACUGAAUCCAGCGGUAGCACUGAGACUACGACCGUAGCCGUGGCUGCUACUACUGGCACCACCGAGCCAUCCUCAGGUAGCGCUGCUUCGGAUGCGACAUCGGGAACUGAGACUCCUGUUGCAUCGGCUACAACAGUGCCAAACUCUGGCAUGAGACUUUCUGGCCACGGAGCUGUUGGCAUGGGUCUGGUCGCUGCUGUUGGUGCUAUCUUGCUCUAG